CACUAAUCGAAUCAAAAUCUGAUCAUGUCGUCGUCUCCGGCACCGGAAUUUGAUCAGUUCCUACGCGAUUUCAUCACAUCAUUCGCCAGAACCAGAACCGUCUCCGCCGCCUCUACUCCGCCACCAGAUCACGACGGUGGAGGAGGAGGAGAAUCACUCGUCUUCAGAGUUUUCUCUAUCGGUCCAGGAAAUCCGGUGAAUAACGGACCGUUACCGGCGUCAAAAUCGGCAAUAGAAGCCAUGCCGGUGGUUACUGCAACGGAAGAAGAAGAUUGUGCGAUAUGUUUGACGGAGUACGGUGACGCCGGAGAAGCAAAAGAAAUGCCGUGUAAACACAGGUAUCAUUCGGAUUGUAUACAAAAAUGGUUAAACAUCCAUGGAUCAUGUCCGGUGUGUAGAUACGAGAUGCCGGUAGAUGAAGAGGAGAAACGGCGGAGAGACGGCGGAAUGAGGUGGCGAGUGAUGAUCACCGUAACUCGUCAAACUCCGGCAGGUGAGUCGAAUCGGAAUUCAUUGGAUUCAAUAGAGAAUAAUGGAUCAUUGACAGAAGAUAUGGAUAUUGAUGUGGGUAGAAUUGGCGAUUGGAAUUCUGAUAGCAUGGAUUUAGAUUAGAUUUUUCACUAAUUCGAUUCAUUUUUCUCUCAGAAAUUCUUGAGUUCUUCGAUUAUUUUGAAUCA